GGAUUGGCCCCACCUUGUGGUGACACAUUGCGUUGCUCACAGGUUAGAGCUGGCAUUUAAGGAUGCCAUGAAAAAGUGUGCCCCCAAGAACUAUGAGAAGCUCACUAGUCUUCUCAUGGGCCUCUUCUAUCUGUUUCGUCGAAGUCCAAAGCAGAAGAAAGGUCUUGAAAGAGCUGCGGAGGCUCUUCACAUGAAAAUGCUUCUACCUACUAGAAUUGGGGGAACACGGUGGUUGCCACACUUCGAGAAAGCUCUCAAUAUAUUCUCGAGAGGGUAUAAACUCUUCCUGUAUCAACUGGAAAACGCAUCACAUCAGAAUGCCAAGGCAGAAGGGUUAGCUAAGAUGAUGAGGGAUGGAAACCUUAUCCUGUACAUGCUGUCACUAAAGCGCGUCAUCAGCAACUUGCAGAGCCUCUCCCUGUACCUACAGACAGACCUCAUCAGCCUCGCAGAUGCUGCUCGACGAGUGCAGUCCUCAAAGACUGCCAUCUCACAGCUGUGUGAGAAAGAUGAUAGCACUGUCUCUGAUGUAAGCGCAUCAGAAACCUACAAGCAAGAGAAGCUUGUAUUCAGAGGUGUUAAGGCUAAGGCAGAUCAGAGUUCUCUUAUAAAAGAGAUUGUUGAAAAUCUAGAGGCUAGAUUUCCAACAUCAGAUCUUGUAUCUGCAACGAUGGUUUCUUCAUUUAAAAACUGGCCGGACCUUACAUCGGAUGAAAUUAAAGAUAGCACUUUCGGAGACAAAGAAGUUGAGACUCUCUACAGGCAGUUUGAAGAUGUUGCAUUUUGGAAAUCUAGUGAGGGCAUCGCCUUAGAAGAUGUGUUGGACCAAUGGGCAACACUGAGGACACUGAUCUACCACAGAUAUCCAUUCCAAGACAGGCAGAAGCUGACUUGGGUCACUGUAAUGGGCAGCAUGGCGGAUCAGCAACUAUAUGCAGUGUUCACACUGAUUGACAUUACUCUGGCCCUGCCCCCCACCUCUGUCAAGUGCGAGACAUCAUUCUCCGCCAUGAAGCUCCUCAAGAACAAGCGAAGGGGCCGUCUCCGUGCUGGACGCCUCAACGAUGUGAUGAUGGUGAAGCUCACGUCUCCAUCCAUCAAUGAAUUUGACCCAGACCUUGCGAUCAAGCACUGGAUGACUUCAACACCCAGUGGACAACCCCGCAGAAUCAAGAGAGAAGCCCCAGGAUCCCAAGGGGACUGUAUCGUGGUGUCAGAAGAGGACGAAAAAGAUGUUGCCAGCAACAAGGUGCCAGAGAACUCAGAAUAUGAAGAUGAUGAUGAUGAUGAUGACGAUGAAGAUAUGGAGAUGUCGGCGGAGCAUGCCUUUUCUGUUGUUUUGAAAAAUGAAUAAUAAAUGUUGUAAAUGGGA